UUGAGGUGUCGUCCACGUGUGUGGAGUGAGUGUAAUAAUAUACUCGCUCUCCAAAGAAAGAAAAUAUCAUAUCCUUCUUCCUCCCUGAUCCCAAUAUCCCAUCCAGUGUGACUGCAAUCGCAAUGGAUUCUCUGCGUGUCUAUGCGUCUUCCAUUCAUCUCUGUCCUUCUCGGAACAGACAACAUAACCCUAGUAACCAUUUCAGAUUCCUCCUUCCAUCUAUCCCUCCCCCUCCGCCUCACCUUCGCCCUCUCCAUCUCCGAUUGCCUCCGCUUAUCUCCGCUGUCUCCUCCUCCCCCCAAACUCAAACUAGGGACGACCAAGACCAAGAACACGAACAAGAACAAGGAAAGAACAAGUCCCUGAAGAACAAAGUUCGUUUGCAAGUUCGAUUAGAUCACCAGGUUCAAUUUGGCGAUCACGUUGUCAUUCGCGGAUCUACCAAAGAAUUAGGCUCCUGGACCAACAGUGUGCCCUUGAAUUGGACCCAAAAUGGAUGGGUGUGCGACUUGGAAUUUGAACAAGGGCAGGGGACCCUUCACAUUGAGUUUAAAUUCGUCACCGUCAACAAGGACGACACUUUAGUCUGGGAAGCUGGAGAAAACAGAGUGUUGAAAGUGCCAGGGGCAGGUAAUUUUGCCACCGUGGCUACGUGGGACGCCACUCAAGAGACUUUGGAGCUACAUUCUUUGGAUGAUGAUGAACAAGUACAAGAUGCAGAUAUUAAUGAGUCUGUUUCCGAAUCAGAGGCAAGUCCCUUUGUUGGUCAGUGGCAAGGUAAGCCUAUUUCAUUCAUGCGAUCCAACGAGCAUCGGUCCCAUGAAACAGAACGGAAAUGGGACACUUCAGGUCUUCAAGGCCUGCCUCUCAAGUUCGUUCAAGCCGAUCAAAGCGCAAGGAAUUGGUGGAGAAAGCUUGAUAUCGUGCGUGAUAUUAUAGCUGGAAGUCUGCAAGGGGAAGAUCGAUUGGAGGCUCUCCUAUACUCUGCUAUCUAUCUCAAGUGGAUAAACACAGGGCAAAUUUCUUGUUUUGAAGAUGGAGGUCACCACCGGCCCAAUAGGCAUGCUGAGAUCUCAAGGCUUAUAUUUCGUGAACUAGAGCGACACACUAGUCGCAAGGAUAUAUCUCCACAGGAAGUUCUAGUCAUUCGUAAGAUUCAUCCAUGUUUGCCAUCUUUCAAGGCUGAAUUCACUGCAUCUGUUCCUCUUACUCGAAUUAGAGACAUUGCUCAUCGGAAUGACAUCCCACAUGACCUAAAGUUACAAAUUAAGCAUACAAUACAAAACAAGCUUCACCGAAAUGCUGGACCUGAAGAUUUGGUUGCUACAGAAGCUAUGCUUGCUAAAAUCACAAAAAACCCUGCAGAAUAUAGUGAACCGUUCGUGAAGGAAUUCAAGAUAUUUCAUCAAGAACUCAAAGACUUCUUCAAUGCUAGCAGUCUUGCUGAACAGCUAGAAUCAAUUCAUGAAUCUAUGGAUAAAUAUGGCAUUUCAGCAAUUAGUUCAUUCUUGGAGUGCAAAAAGAAUAUGGAUGCUGCAGCAGAAUCAACUGCUGCCACAGAAGAAGUAAUUGAACUUUUAUUUAAAACAAUGGAAUCUUUAAAUGUUUUGAGAGAAACUAUUGUAAAGGGACUUGAAAGUGGCCUCAGGAAUGAUGCUCCAGAUUCUGCAAUAGCUAUGCGUCAAAAGUGGCGCCUCUGUGAGAUUGGACUUGAGGAUUACUCAUUCGUUCUUUUAAGCAGAUUUCUCAAUGAGUUUGAAGUUAUGGGAGGUGCUCAUCGGCUGGCUGAAAGCAUUCAGUCAAAAAAUCUAAACUCAUGGAAUGAUCCACUUGGAGCACUUAUUAUUGGAGUCCACCAGCUGAAGUUAUCUGGUUGGAAGCCAGAAGAAUGUGGUGCUAUUGAAAAUGAGCUCAUCACCUGGAGUAAAAGAGGCCUUUCUGAAACGGAAGGAAAUGAAGAUGGCAAGACUAUUUGGACAUUGAGACUGAAAGCUACUCUUGAUAGAUCAAAGAGGCUAACUGAUGAAUAUACUGAAGAACUUCUUAAGAUAUUCCCUCAGAAAGUCCAGAUACUAGGAAAAGCUCUAGGAAUACCUGAAAACAGUGUCAGGACAUAUACAGAAGCUGAGAUUCGAGCUGGUGUGAUUUUUCAGGUUUCAAAACUAUGUACUCUUCUUCUAAAAGCAGUUAGAAACACACUUGGUUCUCAAGGUUGGGAUGUUCUUGUUCCAGGAACUGCUUUAGGAAAACUUGUUCAGGUUGAAAAAAUUGUUCCUGGUUCACUACCAUCAUCAGUUGAAGGACCUAUUAUCCUUGUUGUUAACAAAGCGGAUGGUGAUGAAGAGGUAACAGCUGCUGGGAGGAACAUAGUGGGAGUUAUACUUCAGCAAGAGCUGCCUCACUUAUCUCAUCUCGGUGUUAGGGCACGGCAGGAAAAGGUCAUCUUUGUCACGUGUGAAGAUGAUGAAAAGGUUGCUGAUAUACAAAGGCUGAUUGGGUCAUAUGUGAGAUUGGAAGCAUCAACUGCUGGGGUUAAUCUGAAGUUGUCCUCUUCAGUUGACAUAGAAGACAAUUCUUCCAUUAGAAGUUCUUCUGAUGACUGUGUCUCUGGAGUUGAGGUUCCUUCUUUUUCUUCUGGUAGAAUCUCCAAUUUUGAUCAGGGUGCUUCUUCUGGAAGAGUUAUCUUGCUUCCUGAUGCAGAGCUACAGACUUCAGGUGCAAAGGCUGCUGCAUGUGGUCACUUAUCAUCAUUGUCUGCAGUUUCUGAUAAAGUUUACAGUGAUCAGGGAGUGCCUGCUUCUUUUCGAGUUCCUUCUGGGGCAGUUUUACCAUUUGGAUCCAUGGAAUUGGAGCUAGAGAAGAGCAAUUCGACUGAAGCAUUCAGGUCUAUCCUGGAAAAGAUAGAAACAGCCAAGCUGGAGGGUGGUGAACUUGAUGUUCUAUGCCAUCAACUCCAGGAAUUAAUUUCUUCCCUGAAGCCAUCAAAAGACAUAAUUCAAAGCAUUGGGAGAAUAUUCCCAAGCAAUGCACGUUUAAUUGUUCGAUCCAGUGCCAAUGUUGAGGACUUAGCUGGAAUGUCAGCAGCUGGACUUUAUGAAUCAAUACCCAACGUUAGUCCUUCCAAUCCAACAGUUUUUGGAAAUGCAGUUAGCCAAGUAUGGGCUUCACUGUACACUCGGAGAGCAGUUUUGAGCCGCCGUGCUGCUGGUGUUCCUCAGAAGGAAGCUUCGAUGGCAAUACUGAUCCAAGAAAUGCUUUCACCGGAUUUAUCAUUUGUACUACAUACCGUGAGCCCAACAAACCAGGAUAAUAAUUGUGUGGAGGCUGAAAUUGCUUCUGGCCUUGGUGAAACUCUAGCUUCUGGAACCCGGGGUACACCAUGGCGUAUAUCAUCUGGGAAAUUUGACGGGCAAGUGCAAACAUUGGCUUUUGCAAACUUCAGUGAGGAAUUGCUGGUACGAGGUGCAGGGCCUGCAGAUGGGGAGAUUAUCCGUUUGACUGUUGAUUACAGCAAGAAACCACUGACAGUUGACUCAGUUUUCCGUGGACAACUUGGUCAACGUCUUUGUGCAGUUGGGUUUUUCCUGGAGAGAAAGUUUGGUUGCCCACAGGAUGUGGAAGGAUGUCUUGUUGGAAAAGACAUCUUUAUCGUACAGACAAGGCCCCAACCCCUGUAGAGAUCUCCUGUUUCUCUCUCGAUACGGCUGCAUCGCACCGUAGUUGCUGGGAGUACACAUUUAAUACAGGAAGCACAUGCUUCUCUAUUGCACCAGAGCUAUGUUCUCCAGCAUGUACGUGAUGGAAAUGGAAUGAAGUUCGACUUCGACAAAUUGUUGGAUAUGAAAUCAGCCGUUACGGUUGGUCUGUCUACGAUUGUAUCUUGUGUAAACUACGUAGAUUUAUUUCUUGAAUUACAUUUUUGUGACAUCAUGAUAUUUAAAAAGUUAGCUUAAUACGCAUCAAGUGUCUAAUCUCUUUUAUUAGUCCCUCCAUGUUGAACACACUUUUACCUCUUCUGUUUUUCAGAAGACCUCGUGUUCAUAUCUCAUUUCUUAUGUAAAUGUAACCAAUAAAUAUAUCUUUCACCAAGGAUUUCCA